CCUGAACUUCCGGCGCGGGGCGGAACUUCCUCACUUCCGGUCCUUCCCCCACAGAGCGAUGGCCGCCCACCUGCGGCUGCGAGGGACCCUGGCCCUGGUGACAGGGGGCGGCAGUGGCAUCGGCCGCGCCAUCUGCGCCCGCUUUGCCCGCGAAGGGGCCCAGGUGGCCAUAGCGGACUGCGAUGAGGCUGGUGCAGCCCAGACGCUUCGGGGGCUCCAGGCAGGCGACCACCAGGCCCUGCGCGUCGACGUGGGGUGCGCCAAGAGCGUGGCCGACCUCGUGGCCCAGAUCCAGGCCCGCUUCUCCCGCCCAGCCAACGUCUGCGUCAACUGCGCCGGCAUCACCAUGGACGAGUUCCUGCUGAAGCAGACGGAGGAGGCCUUUGACGCCGUCCUCAGGGUCAACCUCAAGGGGACCUUCCUGGUGACGCAGGCCGUGGCGAAGGCGCUGGUGGCAAGUGGGGCUUCGGGGGGCUCCAUCAUCAACCUGGGGAGCAUCGUGGGCAAGGUGGGGAAUCUGGGGCAGGUGAACUAUUCAGCCUCCAAGGCUGGGGUAGAGGCCCUCUCCAAGACGGCAGCCAAGGAGCUGGCCAGGUACGGGAUCCGCUGCAACACGGUUCUGCCAGGGUUCGUCCGCUCCCCCAUGACGGACAAGGUCCCCCAGAAAGUGCUGGACAAGUUUGCCGCCAUGGUGCCGCUGGGACGCCUCGGGGAGCCCGAAGGUCAGAUGUUGCCGAGGUUUGUGCUUUCCUGGCCUCUGACGACAGCCGCUACAUCACCGGCGCCAGCCUGGAAGUGACCGGGGGUCUUUUCAUCUGAUGCCUUUUCCUGCCUCUGGAGAAACCCGCCCCCAACCACAAGGAAACCACACUCCCUGAUGCCCCCCCCUUUCGAAGGAAGGACUUGGGGGGCAGGUUCCUCCUUCACUGCGGAGACUGCGCUGUCUAGGAGAAGCUCCCGGCUAACAUCUUUGAAUGCAAGAUUUGGGGAGGGGGCUUAGAGGCGGGGGGGCCUCCCCCUGGAAGGGUAUUUUGCACAAGGUGCGAGGCUGAGAUCUCGCUGGACGGAGACCCAUGACUUCCACUCCGAGGAUUUCUGUGCCUUGUUUUGGGAUAUAUAUCGCUCAGUUAAAUCAACGGCUUCUACAAAUGCCUCUUUGUGAAACACUUUAAUGCUGUGAGCCACCUUGAAAUAGGGAAAAUUAAGGGAAAUUUAAGGGAAAUGCAGAAAUUGUUGCUUGAGGACUGCGGGAAGAGACACUUUUUCACCCCGAACAAACACCGGCAGGCUUACAUAGCCUCAAAUAUAUGUGAAUGGGAACAAGAUAUGUAAGAGUCGUUUUACAAUUGACUCUCUCCCAUGUAUUCUGCCAAGUUGUCGUCCCCCCCCCCCACGCCAGGAAAUAUCCCUGGGGGUGACUCUUCCUGCAGCAGAUAUGAUUUUACAUCCACGAAAACGUCUUCCAUAAUAUGAUGGUCUGAUUCUAUGAUAAUAAAUACGUUGAGUCUGCUCAGUUUUCUUUUUUCUAUUUUUUCUUUUUAAAAUAAUUUUUAUUAAGUUUUCAUAUUUAAUUACAUCUCAUUACACAGAUCUAUAACAUAAAGCAUUGCUCAAACGGCUUCCUUCCUCCCCUCUUUCUGACUUCCAAACGGCUUUUACUAGAUUCUCGCAUUUCUAUAACCACGUUUUUUACCUUAGAACUACAUUGGAAGACGGGCAGAUAAAGAUGGUCGAAUAUGUGGAGAUGGCAAAGCUGACGGGGAAGAUCAGAAUCGGCUGGAGCAAAUUUAUAUUCUGUAUGAAAGAAAAUUGUAAACAUUUGAAAACAUUUGUAGGUUUGAAUUGAAAUGCUUUGCAAUGUGGAAAUAAGGAACUGAUUUACGCCUAAGUAGGUAAUUAUUAUUAAAAAAAAGAGUCUGCUCA